CAGAGUCGAUCAUUGUCUCUCUCACACUUUCUAACAAGCCAUUUCACAAGAUCCAGACAGCGGAUCGGGCUGUGCGCAGCAGCAGCAGCGGUUUCACCCUCAGGGCUCCUUUCUCUCCCCUCCGUCGACAAUAACCAACAAUUUGGAUUCUCCACGCGGAUGAGACCAAUUACUGGACCUAAUCUCUCAUAAUGUCUCCUUUCCGAUCGACUGAUGUCAAACGAGUUAAGAAAUGAGGCCGUGGGGAUCGAAGAAGUUGCUGUUUCACGUUUAAAAGAAAAAAAACUGAUUUGACUGCAGCGCGCACUACUGGGGAUCAUGCACCGACUGGUGGAUUUUACGCUCGGAGAGCCGCUGAGUGCGUUUGCUUUCGGAUUAUUGUGACAUUCUGCAUCAUUACGGAGGUUUUUUUCUCUUUUGAACCAAAAGGAAAGAGAGUCUCCUUCUUUUUGCUCUUGUUCGCUUCGGGUUCCUGCAGAACUCCAGAGUCGCUUAGAGCCCAUGCAGUCGCAAAGGGAGAGGAGCGACGUGCGACCCCGAGCUGGAUGGAUGGUUAUGGGGAAAAGAGGGAUACCCUGGGCGCUUGAAGUGAGCAGAGUCCUGGCUGUGUUUUUCUCACUUUUACCCUCCGCGAGUCUGCAGUGCAAGAUCAACAAGUGUAGCUCUGAAUAUCUGGCCUCCCCCCUCCACGCUGGACCCAAGAAGGACACCUGCACGGCGCUGCGGGUGUACUACAGCUGUGUGGUCCGGACAGCACGAUCCUGCAGGGGUGACCUGUCCUAUCACGCCACCCAGCAUGGCAUAGAGGACCUUAUGAAUCAACACAAUUGCUCCAAGGACGGACCGACAUCCCAGCCACGGGCCCGGACCCCGCUCCCUCCUCCUCCACCGCCUCCGGUCCUGACAGACAGCCAAGAACGCUCUGACGGACCUGAGGUGUGCCACUAUGAGCGCAGCCUCCCACGCAACACGGCGCCGCCCAACUACACUCACUGCGGCUUCUUUGGGGACCCUCACCUGCGGACUUUCGGAGAUGAGUUUCAGACGUGUAAAGUAGAAGGGGCCUGGCCGCUCAUCCACAACAAGUUCCUGUCUGUGCAGGUGACCAACUCUCCAGUACUGCCAGGAUCUUUAGCCACCGCCACCAGCAAGCUGACGAUCAUCUUCAAGAACUUCCAGGAAUGCGUGGAGCAGAAGACGUACCACGCCGAGACGGACGAGCUGCCUGCUGCGUUCGCCGACGGCUCCAGAAAUGGUGGCGAUCCAAACGGAGUCAGCACCCUGCGAGUGGUGGAGAAGGUGCCCGGGCAGCACGUGGAGAUCCAGGCCAGGUAUAUCGGGACAACCAUUGUAGUCCGGCAGGUGGGCCGCUACCUGACCUUCGCCAUUCGAAUGCCAGAGGAGGUUGUGAAUUCGGUGGAGGAGGGUGAUAACCAGGACUUGUACUUGUGUCUUCAUGGCUGCCCCGCCAACCAGCGCAUCGACUUCAGGAGUGUUAGAACCAGAGCGGGGGAGGCUCACAGCACGGGCAGGCCAAGGAGCAGCUCUGGGACGCAAGGCUUCACCUUCAAGUCCGCCAAGGCCAAGUGUAAAGAGCGGCUCCCAGUGGAGGAUCUGUACUUCCAGUCCUGUGUGUUUGAUCUGCUGUCCUCUGGAGACAUUAACUUCACCAUGGCCGCCUACUACGCCUUUGAGGAUGUAAAAAUGCUCCACUCAAACAGCAAGAGAUACCACAUCUUUGAAAAAGAUGCUUUAAGCGGCGCAACACGAGAGGGCAAAAAUGUACUGCUGGUCUUCCUCCUGAAUGUCUUAGCUGUCCUAUUGUGGACGGAGUGCUGCACAAUCCAUCUAUAGUCGGUUUACAGCAGUGUCUUCCUGCCUUUAAUGUCAGUCUGUGUCAUUUCCCAGCCUCUCGCAUCUGUUCUGCCUCUUGAUGACUGGAGGUUUCACCCGUAGGUCAGUGCUGCCUCAAGUCUUAUUUCAGUCGUCUAGUCUCAUCCUGACGUCAAUACAAAGACGGGCUCACCACCUAUCAUCACGUGUAUUUAACUGGUUUUAAUCUUUGAAGAGGGCAGCAGUGGGAGAGCUCUGGAUAUCCACCUGGGAUUAAAUCCCACACUCUCAUCAGGGCUGCGUGCCUGUGGGAAAGCCGGACAAGAUGAUCUUUUGCAGAAAGAGGGGUUCGCUGAUCCUCCCUUCUCCUGAUCCGCACAUUGGUGCCGAGCCAGGGAAGCUCUCUGUGGCUCAUGUGGCUGAGCAGGAGGACCUGACAGAGGCUUUUGUUAACCUUUUAGGCCAGAAGCAGCUCUAUGUUUGAUUAGCUUCCAGCUUUGGAAAAGCCCGAGCCUUUCUGGAGGAAGCAUCCAGCCAAAAGGAUGUCAUAGCAGCGUCUCCAGUUGUCUGCUGUGGAGAUUAAUGGGUCAUAUUGUUAGGUUUGUGUGUGUGUGUGUGUGUGUGUGUGUGUGUGUGUGUGUGUGUGUGUGUGUGUGUGUGUGUGUGUGUGUGUGUGUGCGCGUGUGUGCGUGCGUGCGUGCGUGCGUGCGCGUGGAAUAUGUGUGCAGAAUCUUGCAUCAGUGGUUGAUUUUGUGUGUUUGUAAGUGCAGGAAUUCCCUUAUAUAUAUGUAUGUAUGUAUGUAUGUAUGUAUGUAUGUAUGUAUGUAUGUAUGUAUGUAUAGGGAGAAAAAAAAAAGAAACUCCAGUGGGAGAAAUUUUUCUCAUGUCUUUGUGCUGCACCCAAAAUUUAGCCGAAGCUCGGAUUUGGGCCAAGUGUGAACUAAUCUAACCUCGAUCGGCCAAUCAAACUCUUUAUAAUGAACCCAAGCUGUACAGCGAUGCGGGUUCCGGUGUUUCUGCCGUCAAAGACGUCACCUCUACCUGGUUAAGCAUUUACAGACUUCCAUUGUAGCGGGCUGACCCGAGUCUCUGUGGCUAAACAAUAUGUCUGGAAACAUGCUUUCAUGGCUUCAGUCGCUUGCCAAAGAACGCGCUCUUGUGCCAACAUUUGCCUGACGAGUACAUUUCCAUCUCCUACCCUCAAACAUUAGGACUUAGUUGUAUAUAACUCAUGUUUGUUGGUGAUUUCUCGCCGCGUGAUGACGCAAUACCUUCACCUUUUCUUGUGUUUGGUGUUCUCUCUCUUCCCCCUGCUGAGAUACGUUUGGUCUUCCCCGGUAGACGCAGUUUUAAGAUCACUUAUCGAUUACACUGAAGUGCACGGCAGAGUUAUGCAUAAACAGUCCUACAAACAGCUGAUUGUGACUUUAGAUAUACUGUGUGUUUUAACAGUAAAUGGUUGUACUAUGUGAGAUUGUACAUACGUUUUGUGGAGUUGUGUUGAAAUUUUGUAUCUCACCUGUUGUGUUUUGAAUUCACCACUCCAGUUUUUGUACACAAAAAGAGAAUCUUUCAGUGAAUGUGAGCCUUUUAUGUUUUCUUUUUAAAAAAAGGGACUUUUAAUUUGAAUUUUUUUUAAAUUGUUUUCAACAACAUGAACGCCACAGAACAGAUCAGUCUCCACUGUUAUUGGUGAAUCGAUGACACACACUUAAAAAAAAACAACCCACCUUAACUCGGAAAAAGAGAAUGUAGGGAAAUGUUUUAGUGGCGCUCAUGUUUUUGAGUUUAAAGCACUUUAUGUUUUUUAUUCAGCUGUUUUUGUUUUGAGCAUGUGUUGGUUAAAAAGAGUAAAAUAAAAGGCUGAAUGGGAAAAGCAAGAAAGAUCAAACAGUUUAAUGUAAAUAUCAUGUGGUCCCUCAUGCCAGCUGUUGGUAUUGUAAGUUAUUUAUUGAAUAAAAGACAACAUCAUGUGAA